AUGACGGGAGGAAGAGUUGUGAUUCCGAAGGAACUGCGAACGAAUAUUCUCGAGGAACUACACGUCGGUCAUCUUGGAAUUAAACAGCUUCUCGGAAAUGUUAGGCAAGACCAGGUGAACAGAUUGCGGAGGUUUGGAAGGAAGCGAAAGGAGAGAAAGGAGACCGAAAGGACGAAGGACCACAGGGAAGGAAAACGAAAAAGUGUUAAUCAAAUUAGAAUGAAAGUGUUAUGA